CCAGGGGAAAUCAACGCUCGUUAACAAGAAUACAUACAUACAAUAUGGUAUCUCACUAGUGUGAACAUUUACUAGCAUUUAUAAACCUUACAGAGCACAAGCAACAAAGUACAAUGUGAUAUGCCGUGAAUGAUGCCGAACACGUGCAGCGAUCAAUCAAUCAGACAGCGAUCUCAUUUCGCACCGCGAAUCAGCAUGCUGUUCCCGGCCUCCAUAGAAGGCACCCUCGGCCUGAGAUCACGAAAAUGGAGGACUGCGGAGAGAUCUGCUGUCGACGCCUCAAGCUUAAUGCGACAUCAGCACCUGGCGAAAUUAUCUGAAACACGACGGACCUCACGUGAUCGCGCUGUCACUAGUCAUCAGAUGAUUCAUGAAGUGCAUGCGUCCAGG